GGUUGUACCAUAUUCCACACAUUUUGUAGAUAGACAUUCAUAAUGUUUGCAACUAGAUUUAACAACCCACAAAAAUACAUUCCCACAUUAAUAACAAUUCCAAUGCUCCCCCCUUCUUCAAUCACCACAAACGAACAACGUAUUGACAUCUCUUGUUCCACAUGUUUGCAUACUCACAAUCUGGAAUCAACGACUUUCCUAUUAACAGGUGCCCUGCAAAGGAAGUCACCAUCACUCCACAUUCUCUCGACCUGUAGACAGACAACUCAAAAGAAAGACAAAUCAAAUGGAAUGUCAGACAACUCUUUUCACUUCACAAACAACUACAAACCAAGCAUUGACAAGGGUGGGCUUGACACGGUUGCGUACGGGUCUGACAUGGAGGCCUUGGUGCUGGACAGUGGGAUUUGAAGCUAACAGAUCUGAACCAUCACAGGUAUGUUUCGAAGUAAUGGUCACUGGAAUUUGAAGGUUUUGAACUGAAAUUACAGGUUGAUGGAGAAGGUGUGGAAGGUUUUUAAAUCUGGCCGGCAGUGAAACCUACAGAGAUCCUGGAAGCGCAAUGGUUUCCGUCACUUUUGGCCUAGUAAGCAUUCAAAGCUGAUGAGUGAAGCUGAUGAUUUCCGUUACGUAGUCCGGCUACUGUUAGACCUCCGCUCCUGCUACCUUGUCGUUGUCGCUGGGGUCGCCGGAGCCUGAUGAGGGUUUGGCUGGUGUGGGGUGGACCAAGGUUUGACAGCUGGUUACUGUCCGGAUGGGUUUUCAGACUUCCCACCGAAGUUGCUUGGGUGUUAGCCGGAACCAAGCAGGGGUGGGGGGUUUGAACGAUGGUGACGUGGCGUCUUGUGCUUCAAGUGCGGCACUACCUUAAUUGAGGGAGAUGAAAGGGAGAGGGGAAGGCCGGAAAAGAGGGAGAUGAAAGGGAGAUGAGGGGGAAGGAAGAUGAGGGAGGGGUAAAUUUUUGGAGUAAUAUUUAUAUGGGGUACAAUAUAAAUAUUGCUAAAACUUACUCACUUUUUUAGUAGAAAGAAAUGAAACAAUUCUGUCCAAUGAGCCAAGCACAGCCGGAAAGAAAUUUGAAUGUCUUGAAGAAAACGGCGCCUAAAUUAAUACUGUAGUAAUUUCCACAACCAAAAUUAAUUAAAUUAAAUAGCUGCUGCUGCUGCUGCUUAGCCUGCGGGAGAAGAAAGCCCACCGCCCGAGGAAACCACUCAGGAAGGCGAGGAGCGAACACACGGAAGUCGUCUCUCUGGAGCGGACGGAGGGAGGGGGGUGAAAUGGAACCUGCAGGAGAUGAAGAAGAGUAUGCAGUGUUCCUAGAAAAGGUGAAGCGGACGGUUUUCAUAGAUAACCUCUCACCAAUGGCCACUGAGGCUGUCCUAAGAGCCGCCUUCAACCAAUUUGGAUCCGUCACUAAUGUCUGUUUACUCCCUAACUACCUCGAGCCCCCCAAUGCAGCUCAAUCAGCUCUGGUGGAGAUGCAAACCGCUGAUCAGGCCGAAUCAAUCAUAUGUGAGGUCAGCUGUUCACCGUUCAUGAUCUCGGGUAUGCCAAGGCCUGUGAGGGCACAUGCCGCUGAAGUUGAUAUGUUUGAUGAUUGCCCCCGCAAACCUGGUACUAAGGUACAAUUCCAUUGGGUGGACCGUGGAAACCAAAACUAUGGGAUAGCCAUGAGGAUGAGUGCUCUUGCUAGAGAACAUGCUGCCCAAGCUCAAAUUUUGAUGGAGCAUCAACUGGAAGAGGAAGAAAAACUCGCGAAAAAGCAGGAAAUGACCUUGCAGGCAAAUUACAAAAAGUAUAAGCUGUUAAUGGGUAUUGCUGGAAAUGGGCAAAACGGAAAUGCUAAUCAGUUAGCUGCGCGAUAUGGUCUACUAAUUGGAAAUUCCAAUAAGUCCCAUUGAGUGUAUGAUUUUCUUCUGAUUCAUUUGGACAGCUGAUUUACUUAGGAAGCCAAGUAAAAAUGGACGCACCUUAUCUGUGAGGAUUAAAGUAAAGCUUUUAGCAAUUUAACAUUAGGUAGUACUUAGAUGGCACGAAGGGUACUUUUGUAAAUGUCUUUAGGCUUUUGUGCAGUAGAUAUUUUGCUGCCCUGAUUUGUACUCAUCGGGCAUUUGAAGUCCUAAAAGUUAGGAUUUGGGUAUAUGUUUACUCGUUAAAUCAUCUAGGUUAUGGAAGUAAUGGAACUGAUAAAUGUUCACCUACUGCAAUGGUGGCAUUUGAAAUCUCAUGUGUUUUUUUGCCUAUAACACACACACUACCGCACAAUUGCAACUAUAACUUUCUUGUCCUAUAAGUUAG